AGUUUUUAUCCUCUUUGAAGAGGAAGAGAUGAAGCCUUCAAUUUGUUAUGCUUGCUCAGGUGCUACUUUAGUGAUUGUCCAAGUGCUGUCGUGGUUUGCCUUUUUUUUUUUUUUUUGUCGUAACGUCACUUUGUGUCAUACCACCUUUAUUUGAAAGGGCGGUUUCAAUAUUACAUAUCUGAGCCCUUCAAAGAUUGGAAAACAAGAAAACUGCAUCCAAAGAACGAACAAGUCCCUUUUCCUAUUCCACCAACCAACGGUAUACUAUCAAGUCAUCUCUUCCCGUAGCAAAAAGUCAAAUAUACUUAAUGUACAAAGUGCAUGUUACAAUUUUUGAGUUGUUUUCUCAUUUUUGAAAGAACUUUUUUCUGUUUAAAAGUGGGUUGGGUAACUUUGAUUGUAAUGCGUUAUAAUUCUUAUUAACGGUAAUGGGGAAAACGAUUCUUUUUUUAACCUAACAGUUUUUCACGAUCUUUCGAUCUUUUGGCGGAAACCUUAAAAACAAACCAGAGUCAGGUUAAUAAAGUUUAGAGGAACGGUAAAGUAGGUCGCCAAACAGAAGACUUUCCCCUACAACAGGAUAGCAUUCCUGGGGCAACCAACCAAUCACAACCAGGAAGAGCCCUGGCCAAACCAAUCACAACUAGCAAGAGCCCUUCCAACCUGCCAACCAAUCACAACUAGCAGAAGCUCUGACAACCUGCGGGAACCAGUCCCAAGCGGCACAACCUGGAGCGUUCCGCCUGCGCGCAGAGUCUGAGAUUCUGGACUCCGCGACGACCGAGCUGCCUGACCGGUAAGAGCCGACCUAGGCGAGCAGGCUCGUAGGCUAAGACCACGCUGCUUCUUUGCUUCCCACCGCCACAGGCCGCUUGACCACCGACAUGGUAGAAGCAGAUCGCCCUGGAAAGCUCUUCAUUGGCGGGCUUAGCCCCGAAAUUGACGAGAAAACCCUCGAGGCCGAGUUCGGCAAGUAUGGCCGCGUCAUCGAGGUGCUGUUGAUGAAAGAUCGAGAAACCAGCAAGUCCAGAGGGUUCGCGUUCGUCACCUUCGAAAGCCCUGCCGACGCCAAGGCCGCCGUCAGAGACAUGAACGGCAAGUCCCUGGAUGGUAAGGCCAUCAAAGUAGCCCAGGCCACCAAACCGGCGUUUGAGAGCGGCCGGCGGGGCCCGCUGCAGCCAUCCCGCAGCCGCGGUCGCCCGAGGGGCCUGGGCGGGGCCCGCGGAGGUGGUGUGGGUCCCCGGCGUUCACCUUCCCGGGGUGGGUCCACCGACGAUGGCGGUUAUGCUGGGGAUUUCGACCUGCGGUCGUCCAGGGCCCCAAUGCCCAUGAAGCGUGGCCCGCCGCCGCGCAGGGCCGGCCCGUCCCCCAAAAGGGCCGCGCCGUCGGGCCCGACUCGCAGCAGCGGUGGUGGAAUGCGCGGGCGGCCCUCGGCCGCACGUGGGCGAGAAGGCUAUGCUGGCCCACCUCGCCGGGAGCCGCUGCCCCCACGCCGGGACCCCUACCCGGGCCCCUGGGAGGAGGGCUACUCGCCUAGGGACAGCUACUCCAGCCGUGACUACCCAAGCGCCCGGGAGUCCCGGGAUUUCGCUCCCUCGCCCCGAGACUACACCUAUCGUGAUUACGGCCACUCCAGUGCCCGGGACGACUUCCCUUCGAGAGGCUACGGUGACCGAGAAGGCUACGGGGGUCGCGGCCGUGAUUACGCGGAUCAUGGGAGCGGAGGCUCCUACCGAGAUCCCUUCGAGAGCUACGGGGACCCGCGCAGCAGCAACCCUGCCCGAGGGCCUCCGCCAUCUUACAACAGCAGAGGCCGCUACGACGAGUACCGGGGCUGCUCACCCGACGCCUACGGCGGCCGCGACAGUUACGGCGGUGGCAGGAGCGACCGCUACUCUAGGAGCCGCGACCGGGUCGACAGAGCCGAUCGUGGGCUGCCUCCGUCCCUGGAAAGGGGCUGCCCUCCGCCUCGUGAUUCUUACAGCAGGUCGAGCCGCCGAGCCCCGAGAGGUGGAGGCCGCCUAGGAAGCCGCUCGGAGAGAGGGGGAGGCCGGAGCAGAUACUAAGUUCGACCAGACUUGGGACCAAAAUUCGUCUUCGAAAAGAAGAUCCUGUUCUAUGGUAACUACCCAAGGACUAAUACAAGGAAGAGUUGUUUUCAUUUUUUGAGACUUUCCUGUUACUUCCUCUCAUGUAGUUUUUAUGCUUUUGAGACGAAAAAGUUAAAACUAGUUUAAUUUCAUUUUGGAAUUGUUAACGUUUCUUUCAACAAGUGUUUAAAAGCAUGACUUGAAUCUGCGUAUUGGUCUUAUAUUUCCAAGUAUAAGUUCUGCUGAAGUCUU